AUGGUCAGGAUCGGGAUUGGCAUUGCACGCGGCGGGACCAAAGAAUCAAGCCCCCUCCGACAGGAUGCUCUGUGGUACCCGAGCCCGCCUGCAGAGUCCGUGCAAUUGAAUGACCACUUGUUCACGGGCUGCGCGAUCGAUCGUGACGACUUUCAACCUAUGCUAUGGAUUAACUUCGGAUCCUGGAAGACUGACUCCGUUGUUAUCGCAUUCCGAGAAUAUUACCAGCAGCGCAGCCCAGAUUAUGUUAAAUACACCUAUAUCGGUCACAUGCCGCACGAAGGAUUCUUGGAUAAGAUGAUAUUGAGGAUCGACAAGUCUGGGGGAGAACGGAUUGAAGUGAUCGGAGCUGCCGUCGCACCAGAGAGUGAAUUCUAUUACGGCAGCGGGGUCUGGUAUACCACCUAUAACAUAUUGAAAUCUAUCAAGUUCGAUACGAAUAAGAUUGUCACCAACCACGGCAAUUCUAUUCGCAUGGGUGAGCCGUUUGAAGACACAUGGCACUUGAAAACAUUGCGACCCAAUCACGGCCACGUUAUUACCGGCAUCUAUGCAGGCGAGUGCACCACGGGGAGAAUCCAGAGUGUCGGUAUCAUCACCGAGCCCGAAUUAGAGGUCUGGUAUGCCGACUCUGGGCGGAUGCAUCAUCACACCGCUUCUAGGGAUCCCCCGAAGCAGAUUCAUGCCAGCAGCAAUUCUUGA